UCACUGUACAGGUGACUACAUUAGUCACUUCACCAUUUGCACCACAAAAAAACAAAAUUUUCUGUUAAAGUAUUAAAUAAUUCAAGAAAUUAUUAGUUAAAUUAUUUAUUUUUAAUAUUUAAAAUCACAAAAAAUCAUAAAAUGCAGGACGGCACUGAAGAUACCGAGUGGAAUGAUAUUCUACGUGCUAAGGGCAUAUUGCCCCCUAAAAAGGAAGCUGAAAUAACCGAAGAUCAAAUUCAGGCCAUGAUCGAUGAGACCAUUAACAAACGUACCGAUCUCAAUGAGGGUCGCUCCAAACAAAUGGAUGAUAUGAAUUUGGAUGAGCUGGAUGAAUUGGAAGAUUCCGAGGAUGAGGAAGUCUUAGAACGUUAUCGCCAACAGCGUAUAGCCGAAAUGAAAGCUUUUGCUGAUAAGUCUAAAUUUGGCUCGGUUAGAGAAAUUUCCGGCCAAGAUUAUGUCAGUGAAGUGACCAAAGCCGGUGAGGGUAUUUGGGUAGUAUUACAUCUGUAUGCCAAUGGUGUUCCAUUGUGUGCCCUGAUACACCACCACAUGCAACAGUUGGCCGUACGUUUUCCCCAAACAAAAUUCCUGCGUUCUGUAGCCACCACCUGCAUACCAAACUUCCCCGAAAAGAACCUGCCCACUAUAUUCAUUUAUCAUGAGGGACAAAUGAAGAAACGUUUUAUUGGCCCCCUAGAGUUGAGAGGAGAUAAAUUGACUUUGGAUGAAUUGGAGUUUAUGUUGGGUGAAGUGGGUGCUAUUGCUACAGAGAUUAAGGAGGAUCCCAAACCACAAAUUAAAGAUAAAAUGUUUGCUGAUUUAGAAAAUGCUGCCGAUGAUUUUUUCUCUAAUUAGAUACAUAGAUUAGAAAAAUGUUAAAUUUUUUUUUAUUUUUUUAAGAAUAAAAAGGAACUAGCUUGUAAACCAAUAAUAAAUUUUUAUUUAAAUUGGUAUUGAAGCAGUUUACAAAUUAAAAAUUAAA